CCUGCGUCAGCUUGAGGUGGGCGGGGCCGGAUACCCGGAAGUAAAGUGUUUCUAACUGGCGUCGUUCAGGGCGAAAACCCCCCGCCACCGGCGAACUGGAGGCAGACGCGGCACAGGGGGCUUCAGACAAGUUCUAACUCCACGUGAGUGACGUUCAUUUAUUCCUCUCACCCGCUGGAACGCGUUUACCCUCCCGCAGCAGUGAAUGACUCUAAAUGGCUUCUAGGAAGUCGACUUCAGACUUGCAAGGGCCCUUUAGCCAUUUAGAAGACGUCCCAUUUAAGAUCGGAGACAAAUUUCGGGUGCCAGAUAAAGUUGGACUGCCGAUUGGCUUCUGUGUGCCUGAUAUUUCCCAGCUUGUAAGGGAAGCUCAGUAUGAUUUCUUACUGGAGAAGAAGAGCAUCGAGUGGGCAGAAGAAAUGAAACAGAUCAAAGCUGCACAGAAGGAGGCCGAGCUGAAGGCCAGAGCAGCCGGCGGCAAGAACAAAAGUGCCACUUCAGCAAUUAACUCCUUCCUUGCCACCCUGCAGCACAAUAUUAUCCUCACCCCGACUCCAGCCAGCGACAAUGCCAUCAAGUAUCCAGUCACGAGCCCCCCUCAUUUCAAAGCAGACUUCAACCCCGCAGACUUUGAAUGUGAAGAGGAUCCGUUUGAUAAACUAGAGUUAAAAACCAUCGACGACAGAGAGGAGCUAAAGAACAUUCUCAAUAUUCACAUCAGGCCCGUGCCAGCGAGUGAUCUCUCUGAGGAAGGCAAGAUCUUUAACUCCUCAGACAAAGAAGAGGAGAUCUCUGCUCCCCUUAAAGCAGAAGACUUGGACCUUAAGCUCCUUCCCAAGCCCAAUGGUUUGAUCAAUCUGCCACAUUUAGAAAACUGUGAAAUUAUCCCCACGUCUUCCAAAGUGUCCCUCGCCCCUAUCGGCACAGUCAGCAAUAUCAAGUCCCUCUUCUUCCCCAAAUUAGACUGUGACGAGGGGGAGCAGAACAGAGCAAAAUUCACAAGCACUUUUCAUAGCACUUCUUGUCUACCCAACAGCACCUUCCUUGAUUCCUUAUCCGCUGGUUCUCCCCAUAAACCCAGUGAAAUCAAUGGACACCAUAUGCCAGGCCUAUCUUCUUCACAAGCUGACAUUUUGGCACAAACUGCCAUGUCUCCUCCCUCAGCCACACAAAUACUUCCAAUGGGCACUGUAGAAAAAGCAAGGACGUCUCCAAAUACUGAUGCCAAGAUAACAACUCCGCAUGUGACUGUAUUAAAGGUGCCCAACAGCAUGGCCUGCAGCGAGCGUGGGGGGGCGCCAUCUUAUGAGGAGCUGCUGCGGGCGCUUUCCAGCAGUGAGAGACAGUGUGUAGAGACCAUUGUGGGUAUGGGAUACUCGUACGAGCAGGUGAUGAGAGCGAUGCAGAAACGUGGACAGAAUGUGGAGCAGGUGCUGGAGUAUCUCUUCAUCCAGGCACGGCUCUGUGAGAAGGGAUUUUAUCCGGCCCUGGUGGAAGAAGCAAUGGAAAUGUAUCAGUGGUCUGAGGAGAAGACGACGGAAUUCCUCCAGUUAAUGAGCAAGUUCAAAGAAAUGGGGUUUGAUCAGAAGGACAUUAAAGAGGUUCUCCUGUUGCACAAUAAUGACCAGGACAAAGCCCUGGAGGAGUUAAUGACUCGGGCCGGAGCCAGAUGAAUCCCCUCGGGCAGAACAUUUGACAUAAGGAUAUGAGCAACGCUGUUGGAUAUUUACCUGGAAACCAGGUGUCUCUGAGCAAAUCCACAAGCCCUGACUAUUGAGGAACAUGAGAUACAUAAACCCCUCCCAAUGAAGCUCCAGCUGGAAAAUACAUGGAAGAAGAGCCCUUUUGUCCCCAAACCCGUCAGGCGGGGCAGAGAGAGGGGGUUCAUUUUCGGAACGUAAUAUGCACGACACAAGGUGCGGCGUCUCCUGUUUUGCUUUGCAGUGGAUCAUAGGAAACCACAAGCUGGAAGCCUCGAGGGCCUAUUGAGUGAAGCUGCUUUUUGUGCCGGAACACUGGCUGUUGUGAUGGGGCGGCCUUUAGUGCAAUCGAUUUGUAUUCUUCUUUAGGUAUUAGUGCAACACUGGUUAUUAAAGUUAUAGAGUCAAACAACUCUACCCUCCUCUUCAUUUGCUUCCCAAUACCCUGUUACUCAACAGUGGGGGGAGGGGGACUUUUGUGGAGCCUUUAAAUAUUUGCUAAGUUAUUUGUUAAAGAGCUUUAUCUGUUCACUACAUUAUUCCCCUUUAUUUAAGGAGAUAUCCAAAUAAAUAUGUAUAUCGGCCUUUUGCCUGAAA